AUGUUCUCCAAGGAAGAGAUCCCAUCUAAACCCCUCGCAGACCGCGUCGACGAGUCUGAGGAGGACGCCGAGUCGCUCCAGUCACUUCCCUCUGAAAGGUCAUGGACCAAACGAAUAACAAAAUACAUGACUGCGCUUGCCGUGCUCAUCUUCACAAGCCUCGUCUCCAUGCGUGUCGGAGCCCACCUCGCGACGCGACCGAGUCGCCUUGAUGCUUCUUGCGCGGCUCAUACAACACAAUGGUCACCUGUGCUUCGCGAUAUUGACGUCACGUACUCGACGAAGCACUUCAAUGGGUCUUUUCUGAAGGAGAACAUAUAUCGUCAGAAGGGAUCGCCAGAGGUUGACGCUGCCUGGGAAGCCUUGGGCGUUGACUAUCGCGCCGGUGUCAUCUCCAUUGAGGAUGGCCUCGCCAGCGGACUCGACAUGUCCUUUGUCCAGCGCAACCCCAAAUACGGCGCUGGCUUCUUUGUCAAUGUCGAGGGAAUGCAUCACCUCCAUUGUCUAAACCUGGUGCGAAAGUCACUUUUCUUCAAUUACGACUACUACAAGGCUCUUGGUGAGCACGCUUUCGAGAACAACGACAAGAUCCUGAGCCAUCACGUCACCCACUGCCUUGACAUGAUCCGUCAGGUCUUGAUGUGCAACGUUGACACUGGCGUCCUCGGGCAGGUCUGGGCAAAUCAGGACGAGCCGGCCGCUUUCCCAGAUUUCAAUACACGACAUCAAUGCAAGAACUACGAAGAUGUUCAAGAGUGGGCUAAUAAGCUUCAGGCACCGCCUGCUGAGACCGUCCCCGAGGAUUACUUGGAGCCGCCUAGACAUGGCGACGUCAUCCCCGGUACCCCAUGA